AUGUCUGGGUCUCUCGAAACCCUCGCCAAACCCUCGGCCUUCUUUGUGCGCCAGGUCUCUCGCACAAGCACAAACGCUCGCAUUCCUCCUAUCGCUCGUCGAUCUGCCUCGCCCCUCCCCUGUCGCAUGGCCGUGUUAUCGCGUGACAAGCUUGAACGAGAAGCGGCAGCCAAGAACCCCGACUUGCGUCGUUGUUUAGGCCAUCAACGACUGCUUCGCCGCUCAAUAGAAGCUGCCCAAGAGGAUGCGCGGAAGGCCAUGGCAUCAUUCAGGUUAGAAGAAAGCGACGAGGACGAAAUCUUUGAAGAGGACUUUGAGGCCCCUCCUAGCCCUAUGAUUCGGGAGCAGAUCACCAAGGCUGUCAAGGCCAUGGUCAAGCGUCGUGCCGCCAGUCAAGCCCACGAGACCGACAAUGGGAAUGCCGCGGCGCCGCAACUGAUGCGCGUGAGCUCCAAGAAUGAUAGCAGCUGUGACUUGUCGGCGCGACCACCCAAUGCCUUCUACAAAACUCCAUCAGUCACAACGAAACGUCGCAAACCUACUACCAGAUUUACCCUUACCCGACUGUUGUGGUCGUCAUCCAGCCAACCUGUGCAGACCAUGGCUAGCUGA